AUGAUCAGCUCCACGUUCCCUCAGCAAGGUCUUCCCAGCGUCCACCUAAACAGCAAGCUCUUUGCCCGGUGCCAAGAAAACAGCUCCUUCUCUCUGACUUGGCUUCAGCAACUGCCUGAAGCAGUAGGGAUGGCCUGGCACCCAGAGGUCGGCAGCUCGAGCCUGAGCUACGCUUGCCUACGGACACAAGGCCAGAGGGUAAACAAAUGCCAUGGGUGCUGCGCGAGUCCCUCGGUGGCUGCACCUUACCGUGCCGUUAGCUUCCAUCCCACAGCGACGGGCCGCGGCGCCUGGCGGAAAGCCCACUCGGCGGCAAGCCGGCACCUCUCCUGGCACGGCAGCACUGAGCAGCACCGGCAGAAAGCGACCGCGUCCACCUGGGGUAGAGAAGCCAGAGAAAGGAACCAGCGAAGCGGAUGCAGCGACCGACAGCUCCUUCGCUUGCCCGCCGAGCAGAUAAAGGCGCAUCCCGGCGCUGCCGGAGCACGCGUGGGGGCCAGCGCCCGCCUCGGAGCACGCCCCGAGCCCCUUUCUGACGGGAGACGAAGGCAAGCCUCAGGCCGGAGUAAGGCUCAAGCCGGAGGCAGAGCGGGACAGCGCGGCUCACGCCCCCUGCCUCCGCGGGAGGCUGAGCGGAGCGCGGUACUCGCCACGGGCAGCGCCGCCGGCCGAGGUCCGGGCGGUUCCAUUUUUUGGUCUCGAUUUACAGAAAAAACCAGCAGCUGGUAUUCCAUAACGUGCAGUAACAUAGCCAUGCUGAUGAUUUUCUGUAGUGCUUUGCCCUGCCACCUGCUUCAUGUCGUCGGCGCUGAGGUGAUCCCCAAACCAAGGGCCUGCUGCUCUCCAGAGCACUGGGGUCUGCGGGCAGGAGCAACCCCAGCUUCUGCAGCCUCGGCCAGUGUGGACAGUCAGUCUGCUGCUGAACUGGCCGGGACACCGAGGCAUAACCCAGCCUUUGACCAAGUUCUAAGUGCACGGAAAGCUGGUAUAUGUCUGACAGGUGUUCACCAUGUGGCACAGCUUGGUGAAGAAAGCCUCUGGAGGACUGCAGAUGAGUUGGGAGAAGUGCUGAGCGAAACCCUGACCCUGCAAGAACAGCUACGUAAGCUGCAGGAAGAGCUUUAUCACCUACGAUGGAGCGUAAAGGAUGUUGCCGAGCAUGCUCUCCAGGAAGCCUUGAAGCAGGCUAAGCUCCCAGGCUUUACCGGAUGGGCUGUUCAAGAUAAUCAAGUCUUGGAGAAGCUGGAGAAAAACCAAGUCCUGAUGCCUGAUUGGGUCCUCAAAUCAUCAGGUGCCGUGACAUUGGUCAUUCAUUCAAGGACUUCUCCAUCCUUCUGGAACACGAAAGGAAAAGUCUUUUUGUAUUCCCUGCCAGUGCUGGGUUACGUGAGGUCUCCUGAGGUUAUCCUUGAGCCUGAAAAUCAUCUGGGAAACUGCUGGCCCUUGUCAGGAAGGCAGGGACACAUCUUCAUCAAGCUGUCUGUGCCAGUCAUUCCCAGAGCAGUCACCAUGGACCAUGUUUCAGGGACAACAUUCCAUGGAGACAUCUCCAGAGCUCCACAGGACUUUGCUGUCUACGGCCUGAAGGAAGAACAUGAGGAGGAGGGAACAUUCCUGGGACAGUUCACUUUUCUGGCAGCACUGAAGCCCAGUCAGACCUUCCAGCUGAAGAACAAGCUCUCUGGGUUUGUGAAUUACGUAAGGCUGCAAGUGCUGAGCAACUGGGGCCGCCUGGACUACACCUGCUUGUAUCGAUUCAGGGUGCACAGUGAUCCUCCCAAAGAUGGGGGGAAGGCGUCAGUUUCAUCUGGCAAUAAAUUCCAUUAA